AUGAUUGUUGGCAAAGUAGAAAGUUAUAUAUACAUUGGUAUUCAACAAAACGUAUUGAAUAAUAUCACACUCGCUACUUGCAUGUGUCAAAUGAUGCGUUCUAAUGGAUUAGUAUCUGGUUUGAAUUAUUUUUAUCCGAACAACACAUGCCAGCUAUUCAGUUUCAACAUUUCGUUACUAUCAAUUCAGUUUUAUGCGAAUAGUUCAUUUCGAUUCGUGAACCAAUCAUUCAUAUCGAUUGCAUUAGUAUCGACAAAGGAAUCAACAUCAACAUCGUCGUCAACAACCAUCACCAGCACAAGAAAAACGACGUCAUCGUCGACAUCUUCAACGUCAACAUCGUCGUCGACAUCUUCAACAUCAACAUCUACGUCAGCAUCAGCAGAUCCUUGUAUGUCUAGUAAUCGUCUCUGGAACACAACCGGUAUCACGGUUUCGGUUUGGUCAGGCUUAACGAAAGUAAGCGGCUUAUUUAUUGAUUCGCGCGAUACAUUAUUUAUCGUCGAUCAAUCAACGAGUUCCGUUGUAUGGAAACUGCUGAAAAACACAACAACUGCGACUAUUGUUGCGGGAGUAAGUGGAUUACGUACGGCUGCUGCUAAGAACUUAAAUUACCCGCAAGAUGCGUAUUUUGAUUCAAAACAGACUUUGUAUGUCAGUGACUACACCAAUUAUAGAAUACAAAAAUACAUCAAUGGAUCAACAACUGGAAUCACGAUGGCUGGGAUAACUGGGUCAUCUGGUAGUGCAUUGAAUCAAUUAGGUGGUCCACGACACAUCACUUUCGAUGCAACAGAAUCAAACUUGUAUGUUGUGGAUGGUGAUGAAAAUCGGAUUAUGCGUUAUCCGGCAAAUUCAACAAGUGGAAACAAUGGAGUUCUAGUUGCUGGAGGAACUACCGCUGGUAAUGCAAAUACACAAUUAAAUACUCCAUGGGGAAUUUUCUAUAAUGAGUCCAUUAGCAACUAUAUCUACACAACCAAUGCUGAUGGACACACUGUUAUGAAAUGGCUACCAGGUGAUUCGUCGGGUACAUUUGUAGCUGGUGUAUCAGGUGUGCUUGGAUCCAAUGCCACACUUCUGAACAGUCCAAGAGGUAUGAUAGUAGAUGCAUAUUUGAACGUGUACGUUGCUGAUUAUGGAAAUGACCGGAUACAGUUAUUUUGUGCAGGUAAUCCAAAUGGUAUAACAAUUGCUGGCAAUGGCACAACCGGUAGUGGAGCGACGUCAAUGAACGGUCCAAGAGGUAUUGCUUUCGACUCGUCCAUGAAUUUGUACGUUGGCGAGUUCGACAAUGCACGAGUUCUGAAAUUUCUCAAAUUAUAA